UCCUACUUCCCACUUGGUUAUGAACUCAGCAUUAUACCCGCCACGCAUUCUUGUGGCCACUUCAUAGAGAAGAGCUAUGGAGACGUGACCCGUUUUUCCAUAAAAUAACACCGGGACAGGCAGGCAGACACACAUCUUUUCAAAAUGAAAAAGCAUCCGAUGCACAUGUUGGACCAUCCGUGAUUUUUUUUUUUAGAGGCUUCGGUGUACUGUUAAAACGGUGCAAGCCUACAGUAUGUACUGGGAUGGAUGAGGAAGAGCAGAACCGCUAUGUGGCCCAGCUGAAGGAGGAGUUUGACAGCUGUGACACCACAGGUACUGGUUACCUGGACAAGGAAGACUUGUCAUCCCUUUGUCACAAGCUGUCCCUGGAUGCUCACCUUCCCUUACUGUUGGACACCUUGCUAGGACCACACCACUAUGCUCGGGUGAAUUUUGAGGAGUUCAAAGAAGGCUUUGUAGCCGUGUUAUCAAGCUCUCUGGACUUCAGCACCUCAGAAGAGGAGAGCAGUUACCUGGAGCCAGUUGUUCCUGAGGAGGUGAAGCCCAAGUUUGUGAAGGGAACCAAGCGCUACGGCCGGCGGUCUCGUCCUGACAGGCCCGACUCUGAGCUCCCAGCUGAAUUGGAGGACUCUCCUCCUUUCAGGACAGAGCAGAAGGAGCUCUCUCCCUCUGGCGUGAGGAGGGCCAAACUCCGACGCUCCACUUCUCUGGAGAGUGUGGAGAGUCUCAAGUCAGAUGAGGAAACCGGAAGCCAUAAGGACACCAUCCAUCAAACCUUUGAGGCACAAGGGCAGCAGAAGCGAUGGAAGCGGGACAGUUCGGGGAGCCCACUCCAAUCCCCUGGGCCAGGGGCCGAGGUGUCAGACAGCCAGAUGAGGGCAGUAUGGGAGGAGCUUGGAGUAGGAGGAGGAGGCUUUCUGAGCAGACAGGAACUCUCCCUGGUCUGUGACCACCUUGGCCUGCAGGACCUGAAUUCAGAGGAGUUGGACGCCCUCUUCAGGAAGUUGGACACUGACCUGGAUGGGAAGGUUAGCCUCAGGAAGUUCCAGAAGGGUCUUUUCAGAGAAAAGAGUGUCCCAGUUCCCACCUCCUCCACCCCCAUACGCCCCAACCCCCACCGCUCACUCCAGCAGGCCUUUGAGGAGCGGAUCGGGCGCUCCACCUCUCCCUCUCUCCUGUCUGCCACCGUGGGCCAGAGGCUGCUGACCAGGCUGGACGAUGGGUCGGGCUGCACCAGUCCAGAGAGGGUCAUCACCCUCUGGAAUGAGGAGGGAAUCCGGAACAGCAGGGACAUCCUACAGACUUUGGACUUUCCCCUGGAGGAGCGAGUCAGUCUGGCGGAGCUCACCCUGGCCCUGGACAAUGAGCUGCUGGUCAGCGGCAACGGCAUCCACCAGGCCGCUCUCAUCUCUUACAAGAACGAGAUCCAGUUCCUCCAGGUCCUAGCAGACCAGGCGUGUCAGGAAAGGGACAAGGUCAAGGCCGACCUGGAGUGGGCCGACAGGAGAAACCUCCAGCUGGUCAGAGAGGUGGAUGACAGGCACGCCACUAUUGAGUCACUGAAUGAAACCAAAAUCAAGGGUCUGGAGCAGGAGUUCCGGUAUAGGCUAACGGCCCUGCGCAGUGAAUCGGAGCAGGAGAGCGAGGUCUUGCUGCAGCAGGUAGAGCGUGAGCGGGCCAAACUCGAAGACGAAGUGGAGGUCUUACAUGCACAGGAUGCCAGUCUGCAGGAGGAAAUCUGUAAUGCCACCCAGGAGAACCACCGUUUGGAGGAGGAGGGCAGUGUUUUGAAGGGGAAGCUGUCAGAUGCAGAGAACACCAUCUCCAAGCUGCAGAGAGACCUGGACCAGCUCCUACUAGACAAGUUUGGGAGCCUGGAUCCGAACAAUACAGGACUGCUGAACCAGGAGGAGCGUGUCUCUGAGAUCAUCAAGGAGUACGAGCUGCAGUGCCGGGAGCUGCGGGACCGGAAUGACGAGUUGAACUCUGAGGUGGAGAUGUUAAAGAGUCAGGGGAUGGGGAGGCGACCCAGACGGGCAAGAGACACGUCCACACACGCGUGGUCCAGCCGACGAUCACUGACCACUGAGUCUGACUCUGAUGACCCUGAGAUGAAAAUAGGCAUAUCUCCCAUGGCUAGCAAAAAGCUACAAGUGGCCAAUAAGAAUGGCCUGGGUUGUCUGGAGAGUCUGCCAGGUCCGGUUGUGAGCAUUGAGACAGAGAUGGCCAUGGAACAGUUUAAGGAGAGGCACAGCCAGGAGGUGCAGGACCUGAAGAUUGAGUUAGAGACCAAGGUGAACUUCUACGAGCGCAGCCUGGAGCUGAUGCGACGGAACAUGGAGGUGGAGAGGAAGGACAUCUCUUCGGGCUUCAAGGUGGAGAUCAGUGAGCUGGAGGAGCAGAAGGCCCAGGCUGAGGAGCAGGUUAAGAGGCUAAGGGAGGCAGUGGAGAAGCUGCAGACCGAGUUACAGAGCAGCUCCAGGGGCCUGAGAGGACCAGGCUGGGGCGCUAACCAGGAGAGAAGGGCCCAGCGCGAACAGGCUGAGCUGGAGCAGAACUAUGCCCGGGAGAUCAGUAACCUGGUCCAAAGACUGACCUCUGAGAAAGACCAGCUAGAGGCUGAGCUGAAGCUCAAGAUGGACCAAGAGUUGCUGCUCGUAAGGGAAGAGGCAGAGCAGCAGGUGUCUCAGAUGAAGACUCAGCAAGGUGAGGCCCAGCGCAGCUUCACGCACCAGCUACGCUGUGAGCGCCUGCGGCUGGAACUGGAGCAGGAGAGGCACAGGGAGAGACUCCACAGUACAGAGAUGGCGGUUGAGGAGCAGGCCAGGAUCUGCAGCCGGUCUGCUAUGGAGAGGAAGAGGCUGGAGGAAGGGCACCAGGAGGAAGUCCGGCAGCUGAAAGAGCACAUAGCCAGUCUGCAGGAGCAGGCAGAUCUGACCUCCGAUAGGGAGAAGUCACUUAUACAGCAUUGUCAGUUAGAGGUGAAACUAGAGCACUAUCAAACACAGUGCAGUCAGUUAGAGGCUGAACUGGAAGAGACUUGCGAUCGGUGCAGUCAACUAGAGGCCUCUGAACAGCAUGAUGUAGAGGGCGAACUGGGGUUUGUGAAGGAUAGAGAGCGAGAGAUCCUUAGUGAGGUGUCUCAGCUAAGAGAGGAGCUGCAUAGUCUACGGUCUGAAUAUAUGACACUUCUUCAGGACAAGGAAAUGAUGGCGGAGAACUGUAGCAGUUUGUCCAGCACCUUCCUACAACAGCAAGCUCAGCUGAGGGCCAAAGAGGAAGACACGGAUACCCUGAGGGGGGAGUUGGAGAGGGCACGGGAGGCUCUGAGAAAUGAAGUUGAACGAUGCUCAAGGCAGAAUGCAGAGCUGGACUCCCAGAAGAUGGACAGAGUGAAGCUGAUGGAGGAGCUGAGAAAACACAGAACAACUGUUGACUGUCUACAGUCAGAUCUUGACUGUGUCACUGAGGAGUUAAACCAGUGGAAGAGGGCAGAGAAGAGUCUACAGGAAGCAUUGAGGCUGGAACAAACCCAGGUCAUGGAGAUCAAAUCCACCCUGGACCUGGAGAGGGAAGAGACGUGCUGUCUGGGCCAGGAGAACGCCCACUACAUCCGCCUGGCAGACCAACUCUCCAACCAGAUCGUAGAAAUGGAAACAGAAUCAUCCAAACUCCAAGACCACAUCCACCAGCUGAAAGCUCAACUGGGUGAAAUGUCCAACCUGGUUUCUGAUCUCAGGUCCCAGCUAGAGGCCAAAUUCACAGAAGUAGACCACCUUGAAUCAGAUAUAAAGCAGACUGCAGGUCUGGUAGAGAUAGCGGAAGCCCUGUCCAAUAAGCACUAUAGGGAAGAGGAGCUGCUGAACACCCAGCUGGAGACCAAGGAGAGAGAGCUGUGCUCCCUCAGAGGAAAGGCUGGCAGCAGCAACACCGUCCAGCUGCAGCAGGCCCUGCUGUCCUCUCAGGCAGAGGUCCACAGGUUGGAGGAGGACUUUGAGUGGGAGAAGGGCAGGAUGAAGGAGCAGCUGGUGGAGAUGGAGAAGCUGGUCAUGGCUCUGGAGAUGGUGAUGGAUCCUACCAGUCCACACAGUUCUCAGUUAGAUGAGGUCAACUGUGAGAACAGUGCUCUGAAGGACAGACUGGCCAUGUUACAGCAGGAUGUCCAGAGAAUGGAGGAAGAGAUCAUCAAGAAGAAAAAGAAACUGGACGAAGUGGAGCAGGAACACGAGAAGAACAGGGAGAAGCAGGAGAGACUUUACAAAGAGAACGCCAAGUACCAGGAAGAGGUGCUGGACCUGAGAGCCCACAACCUGCAGCUGAGCAGUCUGAACGCUGAGCUUAGCUCCCAACUCCGUGCCGACCAGGGGGCGGUCCAGAUGCUGACGGAGAGGCUGGCGCAGGUGUCCCGGGAGCAGGAGGAGGGGGCGGCCACUGCCAGGCAGCUCCAGGAGACCUCCACCCAGCAGGAGAGGGAGAGACUCCACCUGCAGGCAGCCUGGCGGCAUGACAAGGAGCUGCUGGAGAGAGAACUCCACACCAUCAAGGAAAAGCUCAAGUGUUUAUCAGAGGUGGAGUCCUCACUGACCAGCCUGACCCUGAAGCACCAAUGGCUGGAGCAGGAUAAGGAGAGGCUGCUGAGGGAGGUGGAGGAGAGGACCCAGAAGGUUGAGAAGCUCCAAGAGUCUCUUCUCUCUGUGGACUCCCAGAUGGAGCUGCUUCGCUCCCAGCUCCAGGCAGUGGAUCAGGAGAAGACUGGCCAGACCCAGAAAGUAGCCAACCACCAGAGGAUGAUACAGGAUGCCCAGGACAAGGUAAAGGAGCUGGAGGCCAGCAUGGGCAGGCUAAGCAGGGAGAAGGAGCAGCUGCAUCUGGCCCAGAAACAACAUGAGGAGGAGGCCACUAUGGCCCUACAAAAGGAGUGCCAGAGCCUGCGCCUCCAAAACCAGGAGCUGCUCCACAGGGUGUAUCAGCUGCAGGGCCAGGAUGUGGAGGUUCAGAGUCUGACCGAGGAGUGCCUGACUCUAAAGAACAAACAGACACAGCUGGAGACUGCAAAGGCAGAGGCACAGGAUCAGGCACUGAUGGUGGACACGGCCUUGACACUAGCCCAGGCCCAGCAUGUUCGGGAGCUGCAGCAGUUGAGGGAGCAGGCAGGCCUGGGUUCCAGGGAGCAGCUGGCACACUUUCAAGCCCAGCUGGCAGAUGAGAAGCGCAGGGGGAAGAAGCUGCAGCAGACCCUCCGCACACAGGCCCAGCAAGCCAGCACCCAGAUGGGCCUGCAGCAGGAGCAAUAUGAGAAGGUAAUAGGGAACAUGAAGGAGGGGAUGGAGGGGGUGGAGACCAAGCUGAGGAGUGUGCGCAAGAUGCUACAGGAGAAGGUCAACCAGCUGAAGGAGCAGCUGGCGAAGAAUGCCAAGUCAGACAUCAUGCUGAAGGACCUGUAUGUGGAGAACUCCCAGCUGAUGAAGGCACUGCAGGUCACUGAGCAGCGACAGAAGAGUGCAGAGAAAAAUAACUUUGUCUUAGAGGAGAAGAUUACAGCCCUCAACAAGCUCCUUCGUAAGAUCGCCCCUGCCUCCCUCUCUGCGUAGCAGUUACCUGCUACUCAGAACAACGCUACUCCCCAAAAGACAUUGACAACUGUGAAAGACCUCUUAAGUUUCCUUCCCGUAACCUUAUUAUUGGAUGACCAUCCCAAUGAAACAUUGAUGCGUAAUGUGGCAGGUGGUCCACAAUGAUUCUGUAAGAUCCAUAACAAAAUCACUGUGUCACAACUCCCUCUUGGGAUGGUGGGUUUGAUUGCACACAAUUAGCACAAGUUAUUUGGGUAAGUGGAACAGCACAAGACUUAAGUGUUUUCAGCCACCAGGGUAUUAUGCAUGUACUUUAUUUUUUGUGUAUAUAUAUUUUUAUUGAGGUUAACGCAAGACUCAUUUUUUUUGUGAAGGUCAAUCAAAGUUCACAUGAAGUAUUUUAUUCGGUCUCUGCAGAGGCAGGCAGUAUGUUAGGUUACAGACUAUCCUCCAGCAUCAUGCUGUGUUGGUAGGUCAGAGUCGAUUAGAUGUAUAAUGGGACCAAUGGUAUAACAUUCCAGUUUGAUCAUCAAACACACUCAAGGUACUGAACUUAAAGUUAAGUCUGUCAGACUGUAUGAGAUGAAUGGUACUGUAUGCGAAAGGCUGAAUCCUAAUUUAAUCACAAAAUGAAUCAAAGAAAGGGUUUAG